GAGGCCGCGGGGGUAGGAGUCAAGAUGGCGGCCGGGCGGCCGGCGCCGAGCCCAAGCGGCUCGUCCUGCCCCCGAGCCUCGGCUGUGGCGGCCGGGGAGCGGGAAGAGGAGGAGGCGGCCGCCGCUGAGGCGUUGCCGUGGGAGGUUUGGCUGGCGGCCGCCGAGGCGUCCCGCCUGCUGGCCGGGAGCAACGCGGAGCUGCUGUGGCGGCAGCGGCGCCUGGAGAAGGAGGCGAUGGCCGCGCAGGGCGGCCUGGCCAGGCAGGGCCAGGAGGAGGCGCAGGAGAUCGAGAAACUGAAGAAGGAGCUGGUUGAUUUGAAACAGCAAGCACAAGAAGAGAACAAGAAACUGGCAGACGAUUAUGCCCAACAAAUAAAAGAACUGGAAGAGAAAUUUCAUAAAAAAGUUGGAGAAAUUGGCCAAAUUCAAUCAGAACUGAAAUUAAUAAAGGAAUUUCGCAGGGAGAGAGCGGCUAUGGAGAAAGAACUGGAAGAUUUAAAAAAGAGUAUGAAGAUCUCAGACAGGAGACAUCAGGAAGCGCUUGUGAGACUGGAGAAGAGGUUCCUUGAAGAGAAGAAAAGACUGGAAGAAGAUGCUGAGAAGAAGCUGGUAAUGAUGACAGAGACUGCCCAGCGUGAGGCUGUUUUGCAGCUGAACAGCACUGGGAGACAGGUGUUUAAGGAGAACAUUCGUCUUCAUGGUGCUUUCUCUUACAAUCUGAAAGAGAAUAUGGAAUUGCAGAAAACGAAACAGAAGUUAGAGGAGGACAAAACUCUUCUGUUACUGGAGAAGGAAACCAGCGAGGGUUUGAUUCGAAAAAAGAUCCUACAGAUCAACCAUCAGAAAGCACAGAUUAGAGAUCUGCAGUGUAAAGUGGAAAAACUGGAGAUGGCCUUAUCUCACAUGACCACAGAAUUUGAGACAGAGACUAAAAAAACACAGCAUCAAGCACAGAUAGAAAACCAGGCAAGCAUGGUGGAGAUCAAGAAACUGCAGCAAUUACUAGAAAUGAAGGACCAGGAGAUGAAUCGAGUGAAGAAACUAGCCCGGAAUAUCUUAAAUGAGAGGACCGAGGUGGAAAGGUUCUUCCUAGAUGCUCUGGAACAUGUGAAGCAGGAGAUCAUAGCCAGUAGAAAGCACUAUUAUGAAAAGGCACGGGCUGCCUAUUACAGAAAAAUGAUGGAGGCAUGUGCAGGGACCGAAGAAUUUCCCAAAGUCAAAACAUUCAAAGGCAACAUAAACAGCACAAACAGUGUGUAUAGAGACCUAGAGGAAGCAGAGAAAUACUACUGGGAUAAAGUACAGUUUGAAAAAGUGGAUAUCAGUGAGUUGACAUGGGAACAAAAAGAACGUGUUCUGAGAUUACUUUUUGCCAAAAUGAAUGGCGCAAAUCCAUGGAAACACAGCAGAGUUCUGGCUACUUCAGCUCCAGCUCCUGCUGAUGCUAAAGAAGAAAGUAAAGUUGGCACAGAAAAUAUUUCUUCCAACCUAAUAUUUGUUACGCAGCAAGCUGAAUUAUCAGAGUCGUCAUCUUCUGCAGUAAUCCUUCCACAUAUUCAGAUGUUAACAGAGUAAGGCAGCUGUACACUUUACGUGAACAAGAACAACAUCCACAGCAAUUACUGACUCAUCUGCACUUUUCAUUGUGGAAGUCAUCUUGUGAGCAAAGCUGCAAUUCUAAAUCUUCCAUCUGUUAAUGCUGUUGCUUUGACCACAGAUUUAAAAUUCAUCUGAAAUACAACAAUUUUCCUCCUCCUUAAAAU